AUGGGCAAUGGACCUAAUUGGCAAGAUCUAUCCAGCCAGCAGCACUGUUUUAUCAUUGUUGCCACAGACUAUUUCACUAAGUGGGUAGAAGCCAAGCCUGUUAAAUCCACUACAUCUCAAGAGAUCAUAACUUUCAUAAAAGAACAGAUUAUACAGAGAUUUGGCAUCCCAGAAUCAAUCACAACUGACAGAGGAUCUUCUUUCAUAUCUGGAGAAAUGCUGGAUAUGGCAGAGGCAUUCAAAUUCAGGCUGCUUCAAUCCACUCCUUAUUAUGCCCAAGCUAACGGGCAAGCAGAAUCAAGCAACAAGUUGUCAGAAACUCUGUGGGCAUAUAGAACUUCAAAGAGAGAAGCAACUGGCAUGACCCCUUACGCUUUAACAUAUGGCAAUGAUGCAAUUCUGCCUAUGGAGAUAGCUGUUCAGUCCCUCAGAAUUGCUCACCAACAUAAUUUGGUAGGAGAAAACUACUCUCAAGCCAUGCUGCUAGAACUGGAAGGAUUGGAUGCAAGCAGAAUUGACACCCUCAAUAAACUCCUGGCAGGAAAGCAAGCUGUAUCAAGGGCCUAUAACAAAAUAGUCAAGAACAAGAGUUUUGAAAAGGGAGAGAUAGUCUGGAAAGCAGUUAUGCCCCUUGGAACACAUGUAGCUGGUUAUGGAAAGUGGUCACCUACAUGA